AUGCCUUCUAUUUCCCUCAACAUCUAUUUCCUACAGGUCUUUCUUGUCAUAGGCCCUGCCUUUAUUCUAUAUGGCUACAACCAAGCUGGUCUCUCAGCCCUUUUGAAUCUUCCCGACUGCGUGCAUCAUUUCCCCCAGGUCGAUACCCUGAACACCUCCGGAGCUACGAAAUCCGAAAACUCAACCAUACAAGGCGUCGUCAAUGGCUGUUUCCAACUUGGGGCACUUUUUGGAUCCUUGUCUUGCUCCAUCGUCGGUGACCAACUUGGUCGUCGGAAGACUAUAUUUGUUGGUGCGCUGCUUGCUGGGAUAGGUCAAAUUCUCCAAUGCACAUCUUUCAAUCUUGCCCAGUUCGUGGUUGGGCGAGCCAUUCUAGGAUUCGGUGUCGGACAACUCAGUGUGACUAUUCCUGUCUGGCAAUCUGAGAUAUCUGCUGCAGGUAAACGUGGGCGAAGGGUGAUCACAGCUGGAAUUUUCAUCUGCGUUGGAUUUACCAUGUCAAGUUGGAUCAAUUUUGGUUUCACCAAAGUGCAAUCACAAGCUCUGCAAUGGCGUGUGCCUUUGGCUUUGCCCUUCAUUUUCUCCGUCAUAAUCUGCUUAUCUAUCUUUUCGCUUCCAGAAUCACCCCGGUGGCUUGUCCAAAGCGGCCAGAUAGCCAAGGCGACCGAAACUCUUGCCAGUCUCAAUGGACUCACCGUCGACAACUCAUACGUUCGAUCCGAGAUUGAAACAAUACAACAUGCCCUCGAGACCGCAUCUCAAGGCUCCCUGAAGGAUAUCUUCGACCCCCAUGAUCAACUCCGCCUUCGAUAUCGAUUCACACUUUGUCUUGUCAUUCAAGCCUUACAACAGCUCGUCGGUGGAAACCUGAUCUCAAUCUAUACAACCAAAAUCUUCAGGGACAACCUCCACCUUGACGGAGACCUACCGCAGAUACUAGCUGCGUCCUCUCUGACAUGGAAGUUCUUGUGUUCGUUCAUCGCAUUUGCCGUGGUUGAUCGCUUUGGUCGGCGGUUGAUCUUCGUGGUCAGUGGAACAGGCAUGUCAAUUUGCAUGGUUGUCAUGGCCAUUGCGACAAGCUUCCCUGAUUCAAACAAGGCUGCAUCGAUCGUAGCCGCUGCAUUCGUCUUCAUUUUUAACUUGUGCUAUCCCAUCGGUUUCCUCGGCGGAAACUUUUUAUACUGCACUGAAAUUGCACCUGUUCGACUACGUGUCGCCAUGUCAUCAAUUUCGACAGCAAAUCAUUGGCUUUGGAACUUCAUCAUUGCCAUGAUUACCCCCGUGGCCUUGGAAAAUAUUGGCUGGAGAUACUACAUCGUUUUUGCGGUGAUGUCGGCGUGCGUUCCGCUGAUUGUGCUACCUUUCUUCCCUGAAACCAUGAAUCGCAAUUUGGAAUUGAUUGAUGGGGUAUUCAGGGAAGCUCGAAGUAUAUGGGAUAUAGUGCCAUUGGCUAGGAAACUACCCCAGGGAGAUGUCUCUCCGGAAACAGGUCCUUUGGAGAAGAAAGGCAUAAUGGACUCAACGGAGCACAAAGAGUUUGCUUAA